UUUGAGACUCUGAGACUUUUCCCUUUUUCAGUGCAGAUGUAGCCCUUAAUGUGCACUGGACUGCUGGUGCCUACAGAACUCCAAGUCGGUGCUUCACGCUCCACUCCUGCACUGUGACUUCAACACUACGCUAACCCCUCACACCUCCGUCUGCACGCAAUGAAGCUGUGGGUCCUCCUUUCCCUGGUGCUGCUGUGGGAGGAGGUCCAAAAUGGCCUCUGCCAGCAGAUCAAGCGCAGGAAGGAGGCGGGCGAGAACCGCAUCAGGCCUGGCAGCAAGAGGGUGAAAGUCCGCUUCCCCAAACUGAAGGAGAAGGAGGGCUUGGGGAAGGGUCAGUCCCUCAUGACACAGGUGCUGGACAAGGGCCGCUUCCUUCGCCUGGGAGACACCCUGACCCUUGUGUCUGGUAAGAACCUGGAGCUGCGCUGCAAGGGAACCCGGAUUGGCUGGGCCUACCCUUCGUAUCUGGACACUUUCAAGGACUCCCGCCUCAGCAUCAAACAGCAAGACAAGUACAGCCAGCUCAUCCUGACAUCGCCCUCUGCUGCUGACACCGGGGAGUAUGGCUGCUGGGUUGUACUCUGUGAUGGUACAGAAUGUGAGAAGGACCCAGACCGCACCUCUGCUACCUACAUCUACUUCACAGACAAGGAUGAACUGUUUGUCCCAUCUACCAUCCACUUCGAGAUCGUCUACCUGCGUCCGGACAAGCCGGCCACCAUCCCAUGCCGGGUGACCAGCCCCCAGGCUAAGGUGUCCCUGCACCGCGAGGUGCCCCCGGAGGAGAUCCCCGUGGACGGGACCCAGAUCUCCUACAACCCCACCAAGGGCUUCAUCAUCCAGCAGCCCAGCCCCGAGCACAAAGGCGUGUUCUACUGCAAAGCCAGCACCAAGGACACGCCGCAGAUCUCCAACAAAUACCAGCUACUUUAUGUGGAAGUUCCCAGUGGCCCCCCCUUUGCCACCAUUGAGGCGUCCUCCCCUCUUGCAAAGGGGGGUGACAAUAUCAAUGUCACCUGCACGGUCCUGGGGGAGCCAGAGUUGGGUGUGAACUUUACCUGGACAUAUCCUGGUCAGGGCCAGCGGCCAGUGAAUAUCCAGGAGACAUGGAGGUUGAUAGACAGGGGUGUUGGGCACACCACCCGCAUCUCCCAGAGCGUGAUUACUGUGGAGGACACAGAGACCAUUGAUUUUGGGAACUAUAUCUGCCGAGCCAAAAACCAGCACGGGGAGACUGCAGUGGCCGCCAGCGUGAAAUCUUACUAGCCACCCCUCAUGCCAUUUUGGGUGGGACAAGACAGGGUGAAUGGAAAUCCAUGCAAACAGGGUGCACGUCUCCCUCUGCUAUGUGUAACGCGCUCAUAUUUAGCAUCUUGCAGCUGGAUGGUGUUUGUGUAUGUUCACUGUUCCAUCAAGGCUGU